CUAUCUUUACCUGGUGGGCAGUAGAGUGGGUGCAUUUCCAGAAACAAGGUAAGGGAUCAGAUUUCAGGGUGUUUUUGUUAGUGUAUCCCAGCAAUACAUUUUGAUUGGACAGAGGCUGGCAGAAUCAGAUAAAACCUCAUUACUGCCGAACAAGCACUGGUGUGACACGAGGAUUGGGAAGGGUAACAACAAACUGCAACAUCAAAGCUAUUCCUCUACUCUGUUCGACUAGUAGUGAUGGUUCCACUAAAGCAGAGUUGCUCUGCAGCGGGCCCGUUAUCUCAGCUCAAGAUGUACAGCUUUAUGGGAGGGGGCCUUUUCUGUGCCAUAGUUGGUAAUAUCUUGUUGGUGGUCUCCACUGCAACGGACUACUGGAUGCAGUACCGUCUCUCUGGAAACUAUGCCCACCAGGGCCUGUGGAGGUACUGCAUAUCCAACAAGUGCUACAUGCAGACUGACAGCAUAGCUUACUGGAAUGCCACCCGGGCCUUCAUGAUCCUUUCAGGGAUGUCGUGCUUUGCCGGCAUCAUAGCGGGCAUCAUGUCCUUCGCUCACUUCUCCUCUUUUGAAAGGUUCAACCGCUCCUUUGCUGCAGGAAUCAUGUUUUUCGUCUCCACUUUCUUUGUUCUGCUCGGUAUGGCCAUUUAUACUGGAGUGACAGUCAACUUCCUGGGGAGACGCUUUGGUGACUGGCGCUUCUCCUGGUCCUACAUCCUGGGAUGGGUGGCCAUGCUCAUGAACUUCUUUGCAGGUAUUUUCUACAUAUGUGCCUACAGGAUGUGUGAGUGCAGGAGGGGGAAUGGUCCCCGCUAGAGGGGGACAGACAGUUUGUUCAAAAGAAAAAGAGGACAAUGCCACUUUGAGUCGAGGACAAACACUGCAGUGUUGACUGAUCUACUGAAGAGAUGAUGUCCGAUGCUGCUCCCGGAGGCCUUUGACGGUCUGCUUGAUAUGUUUUCUAAAAGUGAUAUUCUUGUAAUAUGGAUUUUUUUAAUUUUUAGAAGUAGUCAUGAGGAACAUAAUAUAAUCAUGUGUCAAAUGAUUGUAAAUGAAAAUUGGUAUUAUUAUAUCUUCCUGUAAUUUGGCAAAUUCAAUAAAG